AUGGCGCCGUACUCGGGUGCGCCGCGCACCACGGCCGUCAUAGCCACGGACCUGCUCUCCGGCCAAGUGCUGCGCUGCGAGGUGCGAGUGGACGUGGUGCAGCGUGUGGCCAUAUUCCACCGCAGCCUUAAGAUGGGCCUCUCCUCGCUCGCGGAUCUCGAGCCCUGGGCCCCCCUUCUUUGCCAUGCUCCCCCUCAAUUCUUGCUUACACUCAAUUCUUGCUUAUUCUUAACCGUUACUUCCUCCCCUCAAUCCCUGCUUUUCCCCAACCCCUGCUUCCCCCUUCUCCCCUGUUUCCCCCCACCCCUGCUUCCCCCCUCUCCCCUUCCUCCCCCUACCCCUGCUUCCCCCCACCCCUGCUUCCCCUCAACCCCUGCGCUCACCUGUUGCCCCCCGCCAGGCGACGUGUUCUCAUCAGUGGCGGGCCUCACCUUCCGCUGGACCCUCACGCCCCUCGGCUCGCCCCUCCCCGCCCACCGCCAACCUGCGGCCUCCUCUGCGCCACGUGGCGAGCAGGCAUUGGAGCACCGCCUGCAGCACGUGCCCCUGGAGGAGGCGGCGCUGCUGCUGGCAGGCGGAGAGGAGGGGCGCGGCGCUGCCAGGGACGACCUGGGGGUGGAGCGGUCAGACGUGUAUGUGGUGAGGGGUGUGGCGCCGGGGCAGGAGAAGGUCUCCGUGCAGCUCAUGGACGCUGAUGUCACCGCCGCAGGAGCAGCAGCAGCAGGGGGUGCAGCAGCACUGCCAUCGGAUGCCAUAACGCUGACGGUGGCGCAGGCCUUCUCCCUGCAGCCGCCCUCCCCCGUGCUGCUGCUGCCUGGCGCCCGCCUGCCCUUCCGCCUCCUCACCUUCACCCACAAUGCUCUGCACCCGGUGCAGCUGCCCUCCCCCAGCUACGCGUGGGCAACAGCCAACGCAUCAGUGGCCUCGGUGCACCCCUCCCAGGGCGUGGUGACAGCCCUCGCCCAGGGCGCCACCACGCUCACCGCCACUGACGUGCGUGUCGCCGACCACCACCAGGCCGCCUCCAUCCACGUCGUCACGCCUGGCCAUGUCAAGAUCUUCCUCGCACCGCUGGCGCCUCUCCCAGGGGGGAAUGGGGGCACCGGUGGCGAGGGGGAGGUGUGUUCUGGAGCAGGUGCAGCUGGGGGAGGGGGUCUGCCUGGGGCUGUAGCCUGCAGGGCUGUGGCGGAGCCUGUGGCCAGUGGGGGGGACACGUGGCACCUUGUGGUUGGUCGGGAGUACGCUCUCUGGGUGCAGGUGUUUUCCCAUGGCUGGCCCAGCCGGCCCGUGCUGCUCACACAGGCGGACACACUGCUGCUGCGCUUCGACCACCCACCCCUCUGGUCUGUCGUUGGGGAGGAUGCUGCUGCGGUUGCCUCCCUACCGGCACAGGCGCCUCCUGCUGUGGAGGGGGGAGGGGGUGGUGGGGAGGAGAGGAGCAGGGUGGUUGUGGUGCGAGGGGGGCAGCAGGGGCAGGGCGAGGUGCAGUCUGAGCUGCGGUACCGAGAGGUGCAGAGCGGUGGGAAGGGGCGGGAGGAGAAGGUGGUGGCGGUGCAGGCGAUUCGUGUGUGCGACCCCGUGCUGGUGCACCUGCCCUCCCCCACAACCCCCGCCUCUUCUUCAUCUCCUCCUCCUGUGGACCCUGUCCACGUGGUACACCUGCCGUGGGUGCCGCAGCUUGACUCUGCGCCACCACCGCUGCGGCAGCACCUGCUGCUGCUGGCGUCGGGAGGUGAGCAGAGUCAUGCACUCUCUGACUCCACUGUCAUCCACGUGGCGCCCUCUGGUUGGCUGACGGUGGCCGGCCCGGGUGUUGCGGUGGUGCGAGUGGCAGCAGCAGUGGAUGGCAACAACUACCACCAGGCAGUGGGCGAGGAGGAGGGCAGCGCGCUGCAGCUGAACGUGGGCGUUGAGGCGCUUGUGGGCCACUCCCUGCUGCUCGCUGCCCGCCUCCUCUCCUCCUCAGGUCCGCUGCUCUGCCCACUGCUUUCCCACACCCUUCUUGCAUGCUUGCCGACCCUCUCUCCUGACCCUCUGCUCUAUGCCUGGGUGCCCUCCAGAUGCGAACCGUACACCAACUGCACCGCGCUCAACCCAUUCGUGCAGUGGCAACUGCAGCCGCUGCUCCCUGCCGCACCCCCCUCCUUCACUCUCACCUCACCAGCCCUCCUUGCCGUGGUACCACCAUCCGCCCUCUCGCCCAUCUGUGUGUGGACCUCCCUCUCCGCCAUAGCCCCUGGUCGCACACAAGCAACAGCCCUCCUACCAUUGCCGCCACGCACAAAACCCGCUGAUGCUGACGCCCCUGACAGUGCAGAAAAGGCAGUGGGGGGCGCAGAAGGUUCGAGUGAGGGCGUGCAGGGGGAGUGGGCGGUGGCGGGGUAUGAGGCGAUGCGUGUGGUGCAGGCAGGGGAUGGGUGGCGCCAGGGCGGCUAUGGGCUGCCGGACUCGCUUGCUGCCUCUGCUGCAUCUGCCAUCCCUGGAAGGCAAGCAGACUUGUCCGCAGCAGCAGGUGCGGAUUCCCUACCAUCAGCAGCAUCAGCAUCAGUACCGGGAGCAGUAGCUGCAGCGCUGGGCAUCGGGGCAGGGCUGUCAGUGCCGGCUCUCCUGCUGGCGCCAGGGGCGUCCAUGGCCCUCGCCCUCUCAGGCGGGCCCGACAGGUGGAUCCCAGGCAGGCAGUUCCUGGACCACGUGCAUGUGGCGGCCGUGGGGGCGGAGACGGGGCCGCUGGUGGCAGACGAGGCGGAGGAGAAAGGAGGGGAGGGGCGGAGGGAGGGCGAGAAGGGAGGGGAGGUGGAGGUGGAGCAGGUGGGGGGGCGGGGUGGCAGGGGGUAUGUGGUGCGGUGUGGGGGCAACGAGGCGUUCAAUGGCAGCUACCGUGUGACCAUCACCAGAGGCCACCAGCCGUCCUCGCAUGCCUCGCCCGCCACCCUGCCCUCCGCGUCCAUCAUGCUGCACUGCGCGCUGCCUGCUGCUGCCGCCAUCCUGCUCGAUGACUCCACUCGCCUCCCUGCAGCCAUAGCAGCAUCAGCAGCCUCAUGCCAUCCACCAACGGGAGAAUGCCACGUGGCACCAAUCACCCUUGUGACACAUCAGCACGUGCGGCUGGUCGCUGCAGCCCUCUCCUCCUCCAUUGCGCCCUUCGCCAACGCGUCCAGCCAAUGGCUGCAUGCCACGUGGCAGCUGGAGGGGUGUGAUGACAUGGCAUGGUGGGGCGCGGACGAGAGCAGCAACGGGGGAGUUGGUUCAGGGGAGGAGUGGAGCAGAUGGGUGCACACAGGCGACAAUGGAGGCGAGUGUCGGGUGCAUGUGGAUGUGACGGCACCGCACGCCAAGGGGGGCUGGCUGCACAUGAAGCUGGAGGGGCAGCCCGCACAUACGGACGCCUUCCAUCUGCGCGCCUCCGCCCUCCUGCAGGUGGUGAAGGCGCUCAGGCUGGAGCCACAGGCGGUGCUGCUCGUCAACCACCCUCACGCCCAUGCGGAUGUGACAGUAACGGGGGGUACCUCCGAGCUUCAGUUUUUCAUCUCCGACCAAUCAGUGGCUGCCAUUCUGCCACGUGGCACAGCAGCAGCAGUCCAGCUGGCAGCGCGUGCACGAGGCGAUGCCACGUUGACAGCAGUGGACGCUGGCCUCUCCCAUCCGCUCUCUGCCAACGCCUCGGUGUCAGUGGCUGACGUGGCAUGGGUGCGCCUGCAUCCCGAGGGCGCUCAGCCGUCCACGUCAGCAGGGGCGGGCGAGUGGUGGGUGCAGGUGGGCGCUGUGGCGCGCAUCACGGUGACAGUGGGGGACGACCGCGCCCGCCUCUUCCCCGCCUCGCAGUUCGCAUGGAUGGGGUUGGAGGCGCACGGCAUGGCGGGCGUGGUCGCCCUGCACUUGCCCUGCUCACGCCCCUCUGCUGCUGGGGAUGACGUGGCAUGCUCUGAUUCGCUGGAGCUCACAGGGACUGCUGUGGGGGUCACCACUGCCUUCCAGGUGAGCGCGGGCAUUCACGCGUCCACACGGAGGGUGUUUUCAGACGCCGUGCGCAUCACCGUGUAUGCGCCCCUCGCCCUGCACCCACCCUCGCUCACCCUCGCCCCGGGAGCAUCAUACAUGGUUCGUGCUCCUGCCCCACCCCCACUCCUCCCUGCUCCACCCCUUCCCAACACUUUCCCUUUCUCCUUUUCCUACAUGCCCUCUGUUUCUCUUCUUGAGCAAGCAUGCAUGCAUGCCACAGGCGGUCCCUCCUCCCCAACCACGACCAUCGCAUUCGCCUCCUCCAAUGCUGACGUGGCGCACGUCGAUUCAUCUUCUGGCCUCGUCGCAUCCCGAGCGCCUGGCACAGCUGUCAUCCGAGCCAUGGCGCUAGGCUCGGCAGGGCAGGUGUUGAGCGUUGCCGAGUCUCGGGUGGAGGUUCGGGUGAUGGAGGCGGUGGGACUGAGUGUGGGCAGCGGGCAGCUGGCAGUGGGCGAGGAGAUGGCCGUGUUUCCCACCGGGGGGCAUGAGGUGAGACGUCAAGAUCUGAAUUGCUGUCUUCUUACCCCUCUUCCUUGUCUCCCUCUUCACCUCAUCUAUCCCUUUUCCUCACCAUCUUUCUCCUCUUCUUUCCCGCAUUUUCUCCCCCACCAUCAGGGAGAGGAUUUGCUCUCAUUCGCACGUGUGUGCCACGGCUACCAAUGGAGCGUCAGCCACAACCAGCUGCUGCAGCUACAAACGGCGCCAUCGCUCGAUGCGCAGGUGCCUGCCAGCACCGCAGGGGCGGCCAGCAGCAGCAAGCGCGGGAGUGACAGUGCCACUGACAGUGGCGGUGCAGCGGUAGACAUUGGCUUCUCAGCGCGAAUCACUGCCAGGUCAGCUCAGCUGCACAGCAACGCAGGAGCAAGUGCCUCUGCUGCUGCUCCUUUCUUUUUCCGCGCUUCUUCUACAUUCCAUGCCAUGCUCUUUCUUCUUCCUCCCGAUCCCACCUCCCUGCCGUUGUUCUCUCAUCCUCCCCACCACCUCUUUCACCUCAGGGCGCCCGGCACAGCCACAGUGUCUCUCACCUUCGUCUGCUCCUUCCCCACCUCCUCCAAGCCCUCAGCAGCCCCCCUCCGUCGCUCCUACUCCGCUUCUGCCUCCGUCUCCAUCGUCCCCACGCCCCCUCUCGCGCUUGGCAUCCCUGCCACGUGGCUGCUGCCCAUUGGCUACACCUCCUCCCCUCUCCUCCCGCCCUCCCUCACAACCACCGCUUCCCAAGGAGCACCUGCUGCUGUUCCGCGCUACACCUACUCCUUGCUGCAGGACCAGGCAGCACAGCUGACGGUGGGCGACAACGACUUCCCCUUCCAUGCCGCUGAGCUCUCUGUGCCCGCCCACCAGCUCUUCUCCGUUCACCUCCGAGACAGCCUCGGAGUGCCCUUCCUGGAAGCUUCUGAUGCGCGGGUGGAGGUUGACGUGGACAGGCCUGACGUGGUGUCAGUGGCCGUGGUGCCCAGCCUACCAGGGCCUGACACGUGGCAGCCUGCCAACAUGACUGUGGUGGUGAAGGUGCGUGUGCGUGUGCGUUUGGGGGAGGGGUGGGGGGACAAGGAGGUGCAUGGAAGUGGGGAAACAAGGCAGAGAGGUCGGUGCAGAGCAUCUCUCGUCCUGGCUGCCUCCCACUCACCACCACCCCUGCUCUCUGUCUUCCCCUCAUUUCCCUCUCUUUCCUCCUCACCCCCCAUCCCCCCUACCGUCUCUUCCCCUUCCGACCGCCCCUCUCCCCUCCAGGCGGUGCAGCAGGGCACAGCAGUGGUGCGCGUGAGGGUGCAGCCAGGGGCAGGGCGAGGGACACUGGUGGAGGCAGGGGCAGCGCAGGGUGCUCGCCCGCCUGUGAGAGGAGAGGCUUCUGUGCCGUUCGUGGGGGGCUUUGAUGUGCUGGGCGCAGGCGAGAUCUCUCUGUCUCUCGCCGCCAACACCACCACCAUUCGCCUCGUUGGAAACACAAACUCGGUGCAAGUGGCAUGGAGGCAAAGAGCGUCACUGGUGGUUAGGAGGACAGGCCCUGUGUCAGGGCAGGGUGUGAAGGGAGGCAGGCACAGCACUCGUGCUGCCAGUGCGCUCCGCAGCACCUCACCUGCCCCAGAAGGGCUUGCGGCCCUGGCAGAUGAGACAGUGUUUGCCGUCCAGGUUGUGCUGGGGGACCAUGCUGACCACGCACGUGCAUCGUUUGAAGAUGACGUCGUGUUCACUCAUCUCGGCACAGGGCAAAGGGAGACAGUGCAUGUGACCUUCAAUGCAGCUGCUGCCCCCGCCACCCUGGUCCCCCUCAACCUGCUGUGGCUCGCUGCACUCACCGCCGUCCGCCCAGGGUCUGCGUUCCACACGCCAGGGUCCAGUGCGUUCUCUCCAGUGUCCCCUUACAGCCAGAUGGGGUCGCCGAGUCCCGAGUAUGUGAGCUAUGCAGGCCGCACCAUUCACCGCGCUCCAGGGUAUACCAAUCCUAUGGAGGACCCUCCCUCCGACGACUCACUUCGUGAAGCAGCGCCUGGAAUUCGAAGAAAUCAGUCACUCGACGGCUCUAGGAAACGCAAGAUCGAUUCCUCGCUCGUUGAGUCCGAAUCGCGCUCCCCGAAGCAGACGAGAAUUGCCCAAUUGGACUAUUCCACUCCAUCCGCCUCCUGCCCAAUCUUCAACUUCCACACGGGAAAGCUUGAGGAUUAUUUCACUGUGGAGUCAGCGACGCUUGGCGCAGGACAAUUCGGCGUUGUGAGGCGGUGCGUCGACAAUGCAACGAAUCAGGCCUUCGCGUGCAAAACGAUCAAUAAAGACCGAUUGCUGACGUCAGCGGCGAGAGACGAGGUGCGGCGCGAGGUGGAGGCAAUGCGGAGCGUGGCGGGUCAUGCGGGCGUGGUUCAAUUGCGCGGUGUUUUCGAAGACGAGCGACAGGUUCACCUCGUCAUGGACCUGUGCGACGGUGGCGAACUCUUUGACGAAGUCGUGCGACGGGGGCGGUUACCGGAGAGAGAAGCCGCGCUUAUUUUUCGCCAAAUCGCCUCCGCCGUGGCGUUUUGUCACUCGAAGAACAUAAUGCACCGUGAUUUAAAGCCUGAAAACAUCCUCCUCGCAUCCUCAAACACCUCACGACUCCCCACCGCCAAGCUCGCGGAUUUUGGAUUCUCAAUUCCCAUUCCCCCCGGCCAUCGCGCGUGUGGCGUCGCCGGAUCGCCGUUGUACAUGGCGCCGGAGGUGCUCGGCGAGUACGGGGUGUCGGCGGACGUGUGGUCGCUGGGCGUGGUGCUGUACGUGCUGCUGAGCGGCAGCGCGCCGUUUUGGGGCGCGGACGACAACGGCGUGUUCCGCGCCGUGCUGGAGGCGCCGCUGGACCUGACGAGCGGCGCGUGGGCGGGGGUGUCGGCAGAGGCCAAGGGGCUGCUGCGCUGCAUGCUGCACCGCGAUCCGCGCCGACGCCCCUCCGCCGCCAAGCUGCUCUCCCACCCCUGGAUCCUCGUCCACGCCUUCGGCGGCCGCGUCGUGCGCCGCGUCCUCGCCGCGCCCGCGCUGCAGCAGCGGCGCAUGGGGGGGAGCGCUGCUGCUGUUCCGCUCUCCGCCUGA